GCAUAUCGAGUUUGGGCUCACAUCACGUUCGCGCAUGUAUUUCAUGAAAUUUCACAUCUCAACUCGGUUCACCACCCCAUUCAGGCCUCGUGAACUGAAAAGGCGGGAUUGUUGCCUAAUAUCCAUGAAAGUGAAAUUCAUCAGAUGAGAUUAUCUGAACCCGAGGAAAGCUGUCAACCAGUGUUGACUGCUGCCUCUCAUGAAAGGCACGAAGAGGAGCUUAUACGUGCAGGUUGGAGUCUUGAGCAGGCUUUCCUCUCAUCGCGACUCGGUUGUGAGAGCAAAUCAUAUCUACAAUUUGAAGAAGUCUAGAUUUGGAGUCUCAUCCAACAUUCAAUCUCAUGUUGCCAAUUGCAGCUCUUCUCUCUUCUUCUUCUUCUUCUUCUCCACUCACUCUCCUUCACUAGCAAAGUCCACGGCAAAAACUACGAAAACAACUUCAACCAAAACAACCAAAUCGUCACCAACUUCAUCGACUAAGAUAUCGAAGGUUUCCACCAAGACCUCAUCAGCAAAAACUGAACAACCAAUCAUCGACACAAAACCCAACAACAUCAUGACACGCGUCCUCUGCGUGGCUGAAAAGCCCUCCAUCGCCAAAGCAGUCGCCCAACACCUCUCCGGAGGCCAAUAUCAAACUGCGAACACCUCAGACAAAUACACCAAAAACUACUCCUUCACCUUCAACUUCGGCCCCGGCCUGGGCGACUCCAACGUAACCAUGACCGCCGUCCGCGGCCACCUCACCACCGCCGAAUUCCCCCCCACCUACAAAUCCUGGUCCCACCCACCCCCCGACUCCCUCUUCGACGCCCCCAUCACCACCGUCACAACCCCCGACUGCAAAGCCAUAGCCCGCAACAUCGAAACCCUCGCCCGGUCCUCCUCCGUCCUCAUCGUCUGGACCGACUGCGACCGCGAGGGGGAGCACAUCGGCUCCGAAAUCCGCGACGCCGCGCUCAAGGGGAACAGGAACAUCCAGGUCAGGCGAGCGCGGUUUUCAAACGUGGAGAGGGGGCACAUACUCAGCGCGGCGAGGAGGUUGGUGGCGCUGGAUCAGCGGCAGGUUGAUGCCGUGGCGGCGAGGAUUGAGCUGGAUUUGAGGAUCGGGUUUGCUUUCACAAGGUUCUUGACGAAUAACCUGCGGGGGUUGGGGGGUCCGAUGGGGGAGUUGAUGAUCAGUUAUGGGUCUUGUCAGUUUCCCACUCUGGGGUUCGUCGUCGAUCGGUACUUUCGGGUCAAGAAUUUUGUUCCCGAGGCGUUUUGGAGUAUCAAGCUUGUUCACGAGAGGGAGGGGAUGAAGGUGAGCUUUGGCUGGGCGCGGAAUCGACUGUUUGAUCGGGCGGCGGUGACGAUUCUGUAUGAACGCUGCCUGAGGGCGAGGGAGGCGGUGGUGAAAAAGGUUCAGGAGAAGCCCACCAAAAAGUGGAAGCCUCUCCCGCUUACGACGGUGGAAUUACAAAAAAUGGCGACGAGGUUUUUGAGGAUGACGGGUCAGCAGGCUAUGACGGUGGCGGAGAAGCUGUACAACAAGGGGUUUAUCUCUUAUCCGAGGACAGAGACGGACAGGUUUGACAAGGGGAUGAACCUGAGGGGGUUGGUCGAGAAGCAGUUUCCUGAUGGGAGGUGGGGGGCUUUCGCGAGGGAGUUGAUCGAGGGGGGGAGGUUCAACCAGCCGAGGCAGGGGAAGAAUGAUGAUAAGGCUCAUCCGCCUAUCCACCCUAUCACCUACGCGGCGCCGACGGUGCUGGAUGAGCAGGAGAGGAAGGUGUAUGAGUUUGUGGUGAGGAGGUUUUUGGCUUGUUGCUCGGAUGAUGCCAAGGGGAUGGCGACGGAUGUGGAGGUGGGGUAUGGGGAGGAGAUGUUUGCUGCGCAUGGGGUUAUUGUGCUGGAGAGGAAUUAUCUGGAUGUGUACCCCUACGAAAACUGGACGGGGACGGCCAUGUUGCCCAAGUUUGAGGUGGGGGAGAGGUUUGAGCCGACCGAGGCCAUGAUGACGGAGGGGAAGACGAGCCCGCCGAGUUACUUGACCGAGGCGGAUCUAAUUGCGUUGAUGGAUGCGAAUGGGAUUGGGACGGAUGCCACGAUGGCGGAGCACAUUGAGAAGAUUCAGGAGAGGCAAUAUGUGGUUACGGUGCCGAGGGGGAGGAGCUGGUGGUGCCGAGGAAGAUAAUGAGCCUCCUCCUGCUGCUGGGCGAGGCCGUGGGAGAGGAAGGGGGAGGGGUGGACGAGCUGCUCGUGGCGGGAGAGGAGGGGCGAGAGGCGGUGGUGCUGGGGGAGGAGGGGGUGGUGAUGGUGUCAAGGAGUUUAUCCCGACCAGUCUCGGAGUUGCCCUUAUCAUGGGUUUCGACAGGAUGAGCUUCGAGAUCAGUCUUGGGAAGCCGUUUCUACGAAAGGAGACGGAGCUCAUGAUGAAAGCCAUCUGCGAGGGCAGGUCGACCAAGCAAGAGUUUCUGCAGAGCAACAUACACCAGUACAGGACGGUAUACCAUCAGUCCUCCGCGGAGCUCAAUACACUCAAAGCAGCCUGCAGACAAUACGUCUUCAACAACGGCAACGGGCAAUGAACGAUCAACAUAUCUCCUCCCGAGUAUAUCAGAGGCUGGUCACACAGAACAGCACUGCACGAAUUCCCUCACCUAUACACCCUCACGUAUAGUAAGUACAACAACCCUCUCAAACCACUCACAACACGCCCCCAACCUGAAACAAAUGUCCCCGCCCUCUCUAACCAACGAGAACAAAAGCACCAGCAGCAGUGCAUCCUAUCAACAACACCACAUUUUGCCUGCCGUGAAAUGGCGGGCGGGAUUUACCUGCAUGUCGCUGGUGCGCGGGUGUGGACCAUCACGAGCUCCCCCCUUCUUCUUCCCCUCCCAUCAAUUCCUCGGCCGCGGCGGAAUUGGGGGUGCUAUUUCCCCCCUCCUUCCGAUAACCGGAUGUCCGGGGGUUGGUAAAAAGAUCAUGGCUUUUUUUCUUUGACACUCCCGUUCCGUUUUCCGGGCUCCGGUUCGUUGCAGUAAAAGCAAGCAGCCAGAGAGGUGUGUGUUUGUG